GCCCCGGCCCGGCCUCCGCGUGCCCCCGGGCUGCGCACCCCUGAUGCUGCGCGGGUGCUGAGCCCUCUCUGGCCGGGACGAUGGUGAAGUAUUUCCUGGGCCAGAGCGUGCUCCGGAGUUCCUGGGACCAAGUGUUCGCCGCCUUCUGGCAGCGGUACCCGAAUCCCUACAGCAAGCAUGUCCUGACAGAAGACAUAGUGCACCGGGAGGUGACCCCUGACCAGAAGCUCCUGUCCAGGCGACUCCUGACCAAGACCAACAGGAUGCCCCGCUGGGCCGAGCGACUGUUUCCUGCCAAUGUUGCUCACUCGGUGUACAUCCUGGAGGACUCAGUUGUGGACCCACAGAAUCAGACCAUGACCACCUUUACCUGUGAGGCCCCUUCUAAGACGCUUGUUGAAACCGCCAAGGAAGCCACAGAAAAGGCCAAGGAGACGGCACUGGCAGCUACCGAGAAGGCCAAGGACCUCGCCAGCAAGGCAGCCACCAAGAAGCAGCAGCAGCAGCAGCAGUUCGUGUAGCCAACCAGCCCAGCCCUGUCCCCACCCUUGACCAGAUGAUCUGGCUCCAUCCCCCUGACCUGCCUGCAGUAUGCUUUCUUAAUUAAAAAUCAACUUCCA